UUGAGAUGAGUCGGUUCAAUGUGCAGUGCUUGGCUUCGUGAUGAUUUCCUGUUCUACUCUUUCCGCUCAGAUUUUUGUUUUGGGGAAAACAACUUUUCACAAUCCCUUCAUUUGUUUGCAGUUCAGCUCAGUAGCUGUUCCGAUGAAUAACGCGCAAACUUAGGUCUGAGUUCACCGUGAGCGGAGGCAGCGGGAGGCGCUUUGAGGGCAGCCAGUGAAAACAGAAAGUCCCUCCUUUGAGUUUUAAUGAAACUCGUCAAAUUCUAUGUAAUUGGGGCGCUACCUUUUGGAGGAGGCGUCCAGCAUUGUUGGAAGAUUGGACAGGGCGGAAAGAUUAAGCUGUCCACAGACCCGCUGUCGGUGUGUAUUGGGUUCUGCAGAGGUUUUUUUCCCAGACGAAUUGAUAUUUCCAUGUGGAAGGGGUUGGUAGUUUCACAUUAGCAUUGGGUUGCCAAAAUUAAAUCAGAUUUUCAUUUGAACCGUUCACUCUGUGUGUAUGUGUGUGUGUGUAUUUCCCGCCUUCUUCGCCCCUCAUCUGACCUUUGAGUUUUCCAUCGCGUUUCCAGGACCAAUCGCAGCUCUUGGGCGUCUUCAAAAAGGAGUGGGGUCAACGGGACCUUCCAUUCGGCGCGGACUGGCCAGGAGCACGUUCAGAUAGUUAGUGUUUCCACAUUCUCCCUCAGAGCCCUUCCAACACAAGAGACACUGAGGCAGGGCUCAGAGUGAGGGGGCAGCAAAGGGGAGACGUCCCUGGUUUGCAUGUGAACGUUUCGAGAAACGACAUUUCUUGAAAUCCAUUUCCAAAGUUUGCCUCAGGCUGGUCUGGGGAGAAUCGGCGCAACGUGUCUCUUUAUUUUUCCCGCUCCUGGCCACUAGUGAAACACACUGUCACUCCGGAUGUAUUCGGUAGGUUCGAGCCGAGUCUUCGACCCCUAUGUGCAGGUGAUCCAGAACGCCAACAUCACGCAGUACAUCUGGACCAAGUCCUUGCUGCAGCCCCUGUGGGACUACCUGCGCUCCCAGCACCAGGAUGCCCUCCGCUCGCCUCUCUUCCCCGUGGUCAUCUCGGUCUCCACCUAUUUCGCCGUGUGUACCUUCUACAUGAUCCUCGACCUGCUGGCUCCCAGGUGCCCGCUCAUCAGGAGGUACAAGAUCCACCCCGAACAGCAUGUCACUUGGGAAGACAUAUUCAAGACCCUGUGGCACACUGGCUACAACCACCUGAUCUAUGUCUUUCCAGCCGCCGUGGGUCAGUGGUACUGGCGGCCGCCGAUCCCUCUACAGGAGGAGGCACCGCUGGUCUCCGAGUUUCUCAUUGGCAUCCUGGGCUGUACAAUCCUCUUCGACUUCCAGUACUACUUCUGGCAUAUGAUGCACCACAAAGUCCGCUGGCUCUACACCACCUUCCACGCCAUCCACCACGAAUACUAUGCCCCCUUCUCCUGGUCCACUCAGUACCUCUCCGCCUGGGAGUUGGUUAGCGUUGGCUUCUGGACCACCAUCGACCCAAUUAUCUUGCAGUGCCACUGCCUCACCGGGUUCGCCUUCAUGGUCUUCAACAUCUGGAUCUCCGUCGAUGAUCACAGCGGCUACGACUUCCCCUGGGCCCUUCACAAUCUCAUCCCGUUCGGCCUAUGGGGCGGCACGGUCAAACAUGAUGUUCACCACCAGAAGCCUCAGAGCCACUUCGCGCCUUUCUUCUCUCACUGGGACUGGCUCUGUGGGACUCACAGUGAGUGCAAACGCUCGCCCGCCGUCCUGGAGAUGCAAACAAAGAGACGCAAAGCGAGCGAAGACCAAAACUGACAGCCACGACGAAGCUUCACCUCAUCAAGCUGGGAACCCCCAAGGGAAAGCCGGCUGAGCUGGUAGAAAUUAUACCAGUCUUGAGCAAUGUGAACUGUAGGUAUAUUCUAAUGCUCACAGACUCUAGGUUAUAUUUAUUGUAGAGUUUUUUUUAAGAAAAACAAACAUUUUGAAUGUGGCCAAGUGUAAAUAUAUACGAUAUUUAGGAGUCUUCCAUUUUAUUAUUUCAACUAAGCAAAUAUAUCAUAACAAUGUCCGGCUUUAACAAUGUGCCAGAUUUUGGAAUGUUUCGAUGAUCUUUUGUAACAUAAAGUGGAAACAGCCAGAUGAACACUCUGUCUUCCCCAUUCAGUCUGUUUUCCAAAUGUGCGCCCCUUCCACUGAAAGGAAUAAACUGUGUAUCUUUAGAGGGGGCGCGGAAUGCGUCAAUGUAAAUACGUUUUUUUUUGGAAAAUAUUGUAUGUCUUGGAGUUUAAAUAAAAGCGAUCACUUCGUACU